AUGAGGGGAAACGCGCCGGUCUUUGUCAGCCGCGGUGGCAACCCCAGCGGCUUAGAUGGGACGUCGGGUCGAGCAACUUUGGACGGAGGUCGUGUUCAGACUGAGCCCAACGAGCCUGUGAGUCCCAGGCGACGUCGUCUCAGAGCAACUCACGGCACGCAGCCAACCAGCCGUCGAUCGCGACAUGGAGCACCGGGAGACAUGCAGGGUCAUUCAGGUGCUUUGGGCGGCUGGGCUGAACAGAUUGAACUCGAAAGACGGCAUCGUGCACAGAGAGAGCAACAGCAUCAACAGUGGCUGGAGACAUUUGAUCUCGCGGUCGCGCAAGAAUCGACGUGGUUGAGGAUGGCCGAGCGGCAUGUCAGACAGCAGCAGACGGAAGUGGGUAGUAACAGCCAGUUGACUUUGGGUCCUCCAUCAUCUCGAACUAGAACGAGGACCGCAAGAGCGCGGUCGGUAUCAGCAGCUACUACGAUGCUUCGAUGA